GAAAAGGCAAAAGACAACCUUUCAUAACGAACCUUACAAACUUUCGUUCUUUCUCAAUUUUUUUCCUGAUAAGAAACACUAGAAUAACACCAAGUUAGGAAUCCUGUGAACGAACUUUUUUCGCGAGGCUGAAUCGAUGAAUAUGGCUGAAACUUCUCGAUCAUUUGAACACGACGAUUAUACUGUGGGGUGGAUAUGCGCUUUGCACGAGACCGAGCUCGUGGUCGCAGGAGCGAUGUUGGAUGAAGAACAUCCAGUACUACCUGCUGCGGACCCGGGAGACACAAAUGUUUAUCUUUUGGGCAAGAUUGGAUCACAUAAUGUUGUGAUUGCUUGUCUGCCUGCCAAGAAUACGGGCAAGGUAUCGGCUGCGAUAGUAGCGAAAGACAUGCUUCGAAGCUUCAAAGCAAUCAGGUUUGGUUUGAUGGUUGGUGUUGGUGGUGGAGCGCCAUCUUGUAUCGAAUCAGACUCAGAUACAAAGGAAGAUUGUGAAGAUGAAGAUGAGGAUGAGGAUGAGGAUGAUGAAGUUGAGAAAAGGGGAGACAUCAGACUUGGAGAUGUUGUGAUCAGCUUGCAUUCCAAAUCAAGCCAAGCUGUUGUGCAGUAUGAUUUUGGGAAAUCGCUCCAGGGAGGGGAAUUUUUUCAAACGGGAACGUUGAACAAACCACCAAACAUCUUGCUUAAUGCAAUUGGCAUGCUUCAGGGGCAGUACGUACGAAAAGGUGGCAAUAAUCUUUCCGAACAUCUUACGAGAAUGGUGUCUACUAGUCCGGGUCUGGCUCGAAAGUUCGAGUACCAGGGAUCCGGGAAAGAUCGACUUUUCAAGCGAAAUGUUGGUCAUGUCAAUGGAAAGAAGACAUGUAAGGCUUGCUGUGGCCUAGCUGAUGUCAAUCUUGUGAAAAGAAGACAACGGGGUGGUACAUCUCCGGUGUUACAUUAUGGAACUAUUGGCUCGGCGGAUCAGGUAAUGAAGGACUCGGUUUUGAGAGAUUUGUGGGCGGAAGAGAAGAAUAUCAUUUGCUUCGAAAUGGAAGCUGCAGGCUUGAUGGACACAUUCCCAUGUGUGGUUAUUCGAGGAAUUUGUGAUUAUGCGGACUCCCAUAAGAACAAAAUAUGGCAACCUUAUGCUGCAGCAACUGCAGCGGCAUAUGCAAAGGAACUUCUAAGAGUCAUACCUGGACAAGCUGUGACGAAUUUGUCCCCAAUCGAACUUGUUACCGAUAAUAUCGUACAACAACUCAAACAAUGGCGGCGAACAGAUGAGGAAGAACAAUGUCUCCAAUCAUUCCGCACUACAAACUAUGAGACCCAGAAGAAUUCAAAUCCAAAACGAGAAAAAGAAACAUGUCUUUGGUGCUUGGAGGAUACAAAAUUUCUCGACUGGAGAGAUAAAUCAACAUCCCGCUUGCUAUGGGUAACUGCCGAUCCCGGUUGUGGUAAAUCAGUACUAUCAAGAGCACUUGUUGAUGAACGUCUACUUGAGCGGGAAGCGAACGGAACAACUGUUUGCUAUUUCUUUUUCAAAGAUACAUCUGAUGAACAAAGAAGCCCUGCAAGUGCGUUGUCAGCUUUGCUUCAUCAGCUCUUCACUUCAGAACAAGGAGCAAAGUUGAUCAAACAUGCCAUGCCUGCUUUCCGAGAGAAUAAGACUCAUCUUUCUAAAAACUUGGAAGUUCUAUGGAAGAUUAUUCAAAACAUUGCAAUGGAUCCGGAGUGUGGAAAGAUUGUUUUUUUAAUUGAUGCUUUAGAUGAAUGCGAAUAUAAAUCUCAACAAGAUCUUAUUACAAAACUCAAGGAGUUCGAGAAAAUUCAGGUAGCGAAUGAAAUUUCUAAGAACAAUUUUCAAUUCUUUCUGACUAGUCGGCCGUAUUGGGAUAUAGAGUUUAAGUUUCAGGAGUUAAUAAAUAAAAUCCCUGGUAUUCGACUUGAAGGAGAGAAGCAUUCAGAUAAAAUCCGUCCGGAGAUUGAUCGUGUUAUUAAAGCUCGAGUGGAACAAAUGUCUAGAGCUAAAAUUAUAGCGAGUAUAAAAGCUCGUGAUCUGCUCUUGGAAGGCCUAUCCAAUGUUAAUAAUCGGACUUAUCUAUGGUUACACCUUAUCUUAGAAAGUAUAAAAUCCGAACCAAGAAUUGAUGUCAAAACGGUGAAAACUCUUCUGAGCGAAUUGCCAGGAACUAUACAAGAAGCUUAUGAGAAUAUUUUGAAGAGAAGCAAGAAACCUGGAGAUGCUAGGAGAUUAUUGCAUAUCAUUGUGGGAGCAACUAGGCCACUCUCUCUAAGAGAAGUAGGAGUAGCAUUGUAUAUUACGGAUGAAACCCGCAAUCAUGAAGAGCUCGAGAUUCAAGAAGAUGAACAGUUGACGAUCACUAUUCGGAACCUUUGUGGCCUAUUUGUUAGCAUUAUCGAUAAAAAAGUCUUCUUAAUCCAUCAAACCGCCAAGGAAUAUCUUGUUCUCAACUCAAAUAUAUCUAAUUCGAUAUCAGGAUCUUGGAAGCAUUCCUUGGAACCAAAGAUUUCGAAUCUUAUAUUGACAGAAUGUUGUUUGUGGUAUCUGUCAUUCGAGGAUUUUGAAAAACUGUCUUCGUCAGAAGAUAGAUCUCAAGUAGAUCAAUACUGUACAGAGAACCAUUUUCUCGAUUAUUCUGCAAACAACUGGUUUGUGCAUUUUAGGAAAGCUGAAGACAUAAUCCAAAAUGAGAAGGAUUUGGGCUUGAUUGCCUGCGAGGUUAGCUCAAAUCGUUUCUUAUUGUGGUUUUCAAUCUAUUGGAAACAAAAUAGAUAUGGAGGCAGGCCAGAAUGGAAGCAGGAUUUGUUUCCAACAGCAUACUUUGGACUAGAUAGCUUAGUAUCAAUAUUGCUAGAGAAGUCGAUAGACGUUGAUUCAAGAGAUUCAACCGAUAGAACGCCAUUAUUGUGGUCAGCUGAAAGGGGUAAUGAAGCAGUAGUGAAGCUGUUGCUCGAAGCGAAAGCUGAUGUGAAUGCACAAGGGGGUGAUUAUGGCAAUGCACUUCAAGCAGCUUCUUACCGAGGACACGAGGCGGUGGUGAAGCUUUUGCUUGAAGCGAAAGCUGAUAUGAAUGCACAAGGGGGUAGUUAUGGUAAUGCACUUCAAGCAGCUUCUGCAGGAGGAUACGAGACAGUGAUAAAGCUAUUGCUCGAAGCGAAAGCUGAUGUGAAUGCACAAGGAGGUGGUUAUGGCAAUGCACUUCAAGCAGCUUCUUAUUAUGGACGCGAGGUGGUGGUGAAGCUUUUGCUCGAAGCGAAAGCUGAUGUGAAUGCACAAGGGGGUCGUUAUGGCAAUGCACUUUAUGCAGCUUCUGCAGAAGGAUACAAGGCGGUGGUGAAGCUUUUGCUCGAAGCGAAAGCUGAUAUGAAUGCACAAGGGGGUCAUUAUGGUAAUGCACUUCAAGCAGCUUCUUACUAUGGACGCAAGUUAGUGGUGAAGCUUUUGCUCGAAGCAAAAGCUGAUGUGAAUGCACAAGGAGGUAUAUAUGGCAAUGCACUUCAAGUAGCUUCUUACGAAGGAAACGAGGCGAUGGUGAAGCUUUUGCUCGAAGCGAAAGCUGAUGUGAAUGCACAAGGAGGUAUAUAUGGCAAUGCACUUUAUGCAGCUUCUGUAGAAGGAUACAAGGCGGUGGUGAAGCUUUUGCUCGAAGCGAAAGCUGAUGUGAAUGCACAAGGGGGUGGUUAUGGCAAUGCACUUCAAGCAGCUUCUUACAAAGGACACGAGGCGGUGGUGAAGCUUUUGCUCGAAGCGAAAGCUGAUGUGAAUGCACAAGGGGGUGAUUAUGGUAAUGCACUUUAUGCCGCUUCUUACCGAGGACACGAGGCGGUGGUGAAGCUAUUGCUCGAAGCGAAAGCUGAUAUGAAUGCACAAGGGGGUAGUUAUGGUAAUGCACUUCAAGCAGCUUCUGCAGGAGGACACGAGGUAGUGGUGAAGCUUUUGCUCGAAGCGAAAGCUGAUGUGAAUGCACAAGAAGGUUAUUUUGGCAAUGCACUUCAAGCAGCUUGUUAUAAAGGAAACGAUGCAGUGGUGAAGCUUUUGCUCGAAGCGAAAGCUGAUGUGAAUGUGCAAGGGGGUCAUUAUGGUAAUGCACUUCAAGCAGCUUCUUACGAAGGACACGAGGUAGUGGUGAAGCUAUUGCUCGAAGCGAAAGCUGAUGUAAAUGCACAAGGGGGUGAUUAUGGCAAUGCACUUCAAGCAGCUUGUUAUAAAGGACACGAGGCAGUGGUGAAGCUAUUGCUCGAAGCGAAAGCUGAUGUGAAUGCACAAGGGGGUCGUUAUGGCAAUGCACUUCAAGCAGCUUCUGCAGGAGGAUACGAGACAGUGAUAAAGCUAUUGCUCGAAGCGAAAGCUGAUGUGAAUGCACAAGGAGGUAUAUAUGGCAAUGCACUUCAAGCAGCUUCUGUGAGAGGACACGAGGUAGUGGUGAAGCUUUUGCUCGAAGCGAAAGCUGAUGUGAAAGCUGAUGUGAAUGCACAAGGGGGUCAUUAUGGUAAUGCACUUCAAGCAGCUUCUUACUAUGGACGCGAGGUAGUGGUGAAGCUUUUGCUCGAAGCGAAAGCUGAUGUGAAUGCACAAGGAGGUGGUUAUGGCAAUGCACUUCAAGCAGCUUCUACAAGAGGACACGAGGCGGUGGUGAUGCUUUUGCUCGAAGCGAAAGCUGAUGUGAAUGCACAAGGAGGUAUAUAUGGCAAUGCACUUUAUGCAGCUUCUGUAGAAGGAUACAAGGCGGUGGUGAAGCUUUUGCUCGAAGCGAAAGCUGAUGUGAAUGCACAAGGAGGUAGUUAUGGUAAUGCACUUCAAGCAGCUUCUGCAGGAGGAUACAAGGCGGUGGUGAAGCUUUUGCUCGAAGCGAAAGCUGAUGUGAAUGUACAAGGGGGUUAUUUUGGCAAUGCAUUCCAAGCAGCUUGUUAUAAAGGAAACGAUGCAGUGGUGAAGCUUUUGCUCGAAGCGAAAGCUGAUGUGAAUGUACAAGGGGGUUAUUUUGGCAAUGCAUUCCAAGCAGCUUGUUAUAAAGGAAACGAUGCAGUGGUGAAGCUUUUGCUCGAAGCGAAAGCUGAUGUGAAUGUGCAAGGGGGUCAUUAUGGUAAUGCACUUCAAGCAGCUUCUUACGAAGGACGCGAGGUAGUGGUGAAGCUAUUGCUCGAAGCGAAAGCUGAUGUGAAUGCACAAGGGGGUGAUUAUAGCAAUGCACUUCAAGCAGCUUCUGCGAGAGGACACGAGGCAGUGGUGAAGCUAUUGCUCGAAGCGAAAGCUGAUGUGAAUGCACAAGGGGGUCAUUAUGGUAAUGCACUUCAAGUAGCUUCUUACUAUGGACGCAAGGUAGUGGUGAAGCUUUUGCUCGAAGCAAAAGCUGAUGUGAAUGCACAAGGGGGUCAUUAUGGUAAUGCACUUCAAGCAGCUUCUUACUAUGGACGCGAGGUAGUGGUGAAGCUUUUGCUCGAAGCGAAAGCUGAUGUGAAUGCACAAGGGGGUCAUUAUGGUAAUGCACUUCAAGCAGCUUCUUACUAUGGACGCGAGGUAGUGGUGAAGCUUUUGCUCGAAGCGAAAGCUGAUGUGAAUGCACAAGGGGGUCAUUAUGGUAAUGCACUUCAAGCAGCUUCUUACGAAGGACACAAGGUAGUGGUGAAGCUGUUGCUUGACACAGGCGAAGUCGAGAUCGAUUCAAAAAACUAAUGAUAAUCGAACCUUGUUGUCAUAGGCUCUUCACAACGGGCACGAGAUUGCAAUCAUUAUACGCCUUGGCAAGGUCGCUGAUAUAUACGGAGUGAAUAGGAAUGAAUGAUCUGCUCUGCAACUGUUAGCAUUGAAUAAUCGGGAGAAUAUAGAACAGUUGCUAGUUAGCCGUAAGGCAUCUUAUCCGGAAGACUUCUACGGCCUUCAGAAGCUAUUUUCUUGAGUAGAGCUAGUCUGAUCUGCGAUUGCAAUGCUACUAGUCAAUUCAUCAUCAUCUUA